AUGGCUGGACACAAGACUAGCUCGACGCCCUCGCCGGGCUACAAAGUCCUAACCCCCGACCAAGUCACCCACUUCAUGCGCCACGGCUACGUCGUGAUCGAGCAAUGCUUCACCAAACAAGCCUCCGACGAAUGGACCAAAGAUGUCUGGACGCGCCUAGGCAUGGAUCCCAGUGACAAGACGACGUGGACGCGCGAACGGACCAACAUGCCCGAACACCGCCGGCUACAGGUGCCCGAGUUUGCGCCCAAGGCGUGGGACGCCAUCUGUGAUCUAGUUGGCGGGGAGGAGCGGGUUACGGAGAUGAGCAAGACGUGGAGUGAUUCGUUUAUCGUGAAUCUGGGGACGCCCGAGAAUGAGGGCAAGGAGUACGAUCCUAAGGAGUUGGAUGGCUGGCAUGUCGAUGGCGAUUUCUUCAUCCACUUCCUCGACUCGCCGGAGCAGGCGCUCCUGGUGAUCCCCCUGUUCACGGACAUCCUCCCCAACGGCGGAGGGACGUGGAUCUGCAGUGAAGGACCCGCGAGGAUAGGCAAGCAUUUGUACGACCACCCGGAAGGCGUAACCCCGAAAAUGACGCCCGUUACUUCCGACUCCGACACCGAGACAACGGACCCGGGCCUCGCCUUCUUCAACAACACCAUCCAAUCCUGCUCGCCGGAAUCCUUCCACGAAAUGACCGGCCACCAAGGCGACGUCAUCCUCCUGCACCCGUUGACGCUGCACACCGCCUCCAAGAACGGCCGCCGCCUGCCGCGCGUCAUUACGAAUCCGCCCGUCUCGCUGGUCGAGCCGUUCAAGUUUGACCGCGAGGACCGGGCCCGAGCCGGCGAGGGCGUGGAGGCGGAGGGGUACUCGCUCGUCGAGCUCAAGACGAUCCAGGAUCUCGGCGGGCAGGAGGCGCUCAGGGGGUGGAAAGUCACGGGCCAGAGGAGGCGCGUUGUCCCGGAACGGUUGAGGGUCCAGGCGAGGUGGAUGGAGGAGGAGGCCAAGCGUCUGAGGGACGCGGGGAGGGAGUAUGAGGACAGGACGCAGACGGAGGAGUCCGUGCUCGAGCAGGCGAGGGGGUUGAGGCCGAUUCCGGAGAUGGCCAGUGCGAGGUAG